AUGAAGGUGCGUCUACAAACUGGCUGCACCUGCGGAGUAACUUUCGUGGUGGGGUACGCCCCCACGGAAACUGUCCGCACCACCGCGGGCGGUGAUGUUAACGCCAAGGACUCCUUCUGGACUGCUCUCGACGCAGCGAUCCGGGAGGUUCACAGCCGUGACCAUCUCGUGGUGCUAAUGGACGCCAACGCACGUACUGGUAGGAGGCGAGACGGGUGCUGCGAUGCCAAGAUUAUGGGCGCGUACGGACGCGACAUUAUGAACAACAACGGGGAACGACUCCUUGGACUGGCGUCAGACAACCAACUCUCCCUGACCAACACCUACUUCCGGACACCGAAAGGUGGAGUGCAGCACACAUUCCAGAGCUCCACCAAGGGGAAGGAGAAGUACCGCCUCGACUUCAUCCUCAUGCGUCAGACGGGCCGGCGUUUCGUGCGUAAUGUCUCCGUCAAACGUGUCGACUUCAAGGACUCUGACCACAACAUCGUGCUUACGACUGUUCGCCUCCCCCCCCGUGUCGCAUCCAACCGACGAGUACGGGGGAACAGCGGAAGCCGCCGGAUCCGUAUCGACCUCGAGCGGUUGAGGAAGGACAAACACCUACGGGACGCCUUCCAAAACAGGGCCUCUAGCCGCCCUCCGCCCACGGCGCUCAGGCGGCCAACGGGAGAGACCGCCGCCGAGCUGACGGCUACGGUGAUGUCGGCCGCUGCUGAGACCGCGCCGCUGGCGAGGUGCGCACGAGGGCAGAGAGGCUGGUACACGAGCGAAGCGCAGCACGAGAUCUCUGACGCGUCGAAGGAGAUUAAGGCGGCCCAGCAGCAACUGCGCGGGGCCUCAAAGAACAGCGCCUGCGAGGCGACCCUGAAGGCGAUGCUCAAGGCGGCGCGGAAGAAGCGCAGCAUCGCGAGGUGGAGAGCACUGGAAAAGUUCUUCGAGGGCUAUGUACGGCAGCUCGAGAAGAAGAGCCGCGAGGGGGAUCAGGCGGGUUUCUACAGGCACCUGAAGAUGAUCGACGUCGAAGGUAAUAGGUCGUUCACCUCUCAGAACAUCAAGGGCAAGGACGGCAAGGUCCUUCGGGACCCCACGUUUAUUCGCCAACGGCGCGCACGGUAGUUCCACAAGCUUCUCAACACCAAGUCGCCGACCAUCGACCUGCAUGCGGCUGACAAGGUCAAGCGGU